AACGACGUAAAGAAAGGGAAACCAGCUUCCCCCGCUGUUCGAUAUCCAUCUAACACAACACGCCUAAGCAAAUUCCGAUGCAAUAACAUCUCUCUUUCUCCCCCUCUCUGACAUAAUUUCACAUAUUCCUAUUGAGAGCCCUAACAAUCUACCUACCACUUUGAUCCCAAUCUCUCCGAUCUAAUUCAUCCAUUUUACUGGGAAUCGCAAGGGUUUUCAAAGCGGAGGAUCGACCAUGUCUAUGUUUAACAGGCUUUUCGGGAAACCUAAGCAGGAAACUAAUGCUUUAACUACUUUAGACAAGUUAAAUGAGACACUGGAAAUGCUAGAGAAGAAGGAGAAAGUACUUCUGAAAAAAGCUGCUGCAGAGGUUGAAAAGGCCAGAGAUUUUACCAGAUUGAAGAACAAAAGGGCGGCUAUACAGUGUUUGAAGAGGAAGAGGUUAUAUGAGCAGCAAAUAGAACAGCUUGGAAAUUUCCAACUGCGCAUUCAUGACCAGAUGAUAAUGUUAGAAGGUGCAAAGGCUACGACUGAGACUGUGGAUGCAUUGAGAACUGGAGCUUCUGCAAUGAAGGCAAUGCAGAAAGCAACGAAUAUAGAUGAUGUGGACAAGACCAUGGAUGAGAUCAACGAGCAAACCGAGAACAUGAAACAGAUUCAAGAAGCAUUGUCAACUCCAAUUGGUGCUGCAGCUGAUUUUGACGAGGAUGAACUGGAAGCAGAACUUGAGGAACUUGAAGGUGCUGAAUUGGAGGAACAGCUUCUUCAGCCAGCGACAACAGCUCCUGCGGCUCCAGUGCAAGUCCCAGCAGGCCGUCAGCCAGCCCGUCCUGCUCCACAAAAGCGUACAGCUGAGGAGGAUGAACUUGCUGCCUUACAGGCUGAGAUGGCACUCUAGACAGGAUGCAAAAAUUGUUCAAAAGUCGGCCUUAUUGUAUUAUUGUGGGACUCCUUUCACAGAUCCAGAUUUCUGUGUGCAGUAAGUGGUGAACGCACAAUGUAUAUAGAGAUUGCAUAAACAAAUUUCCGCACAAAACUUGUGUCCUGUGAUUUGGAGCUUUAAAUUAAGAUUGUGAUCUUCUUUUUUUGUUUUAGACAUUGCUUCAAAAACACUGAAAACAUCUUUCAAUGUUUAAUCUUAUGAAAUGUCACCAAGUUAAUAUUGUUUUAACAAUCUGAGUCAUGCAUCCAGUUAAUGUUAUGUCCUUGUAUUGUAUUGAAGCUAUGUUAUUAUUUGUAGUAUAUAAUUAUUUCCCGCAUUGCUCU